AUUGAUUUUACAGAAGGUGACUACUUUCGGAAUGUCUGAGAUUGGUCCAUGGUCUCUUAUGGAUUAAUCUGCACAAAGUGGGGAUGUUAUUAUGCGUAUGACGGCGAGGAAUUCAAUGUCGGAAAGGCUAGCUGAGGAUAUCGAUGCUGCUGUGAAAAAGCUUACGGAUGAUGCUUACGAGAUUGCCUUGACCCACAUAAGAAACAACCGAGAGGCCAUUGACAGUAUCGUUGAUGUUCUUCUAGAAAAGGAAACCAUAAAUGGGGAUGAGUUCCAAGCUCUUCUUUCUAAGUUUGUGGAGAUUCCAGUGGAAAAUCGUGUGCCUGCAGCAGUAGCUGCUCCUGUAACAGUAUAAGCAUAUAUACGUAUAUACAUAUCAGGUGUAUUCUUCUUGUUCUUGUAUACCAAGUUAUACCAUUUCUCCUAUUGGAAGUCUUGACCAAAGUGUUUUCAUGUAGCAAUUUAGAUGCUGUAAAAUUGUAAUUAAUUAAGGGUUGGAAAUGAAUUUCUGA